AUGGGGGUGGAUGCUUCGCGACUCCUUGCAGCAUGCCCAUGUGCGUUGCGAGAUCGAUCUGAUGUUUCGACGGGCGCCUGCAGUAGCACUGCGCCGGUGCUACCAGAGAGGCUCCGAGUCUGUGAGCUCUUCGCCGGCAUCGGCGGAUGGCGACUCGCACUUGAAGCGGCGUUACCCGAGGGCGUAAGCGCCCGUUUCCAUCCCUUCGACAGUGGGCCGCACUGCAGCGAGGUCUACUCCCGGAACUUUGGCGAAGCCUGCUGCCGGCGAAACAUCGAGCAACUGACAUCGAAGGACCUGGAGGACUUUGAUGUUUGGCUGAUGUCUCCUCCAUGCCAGCCUUUUUCGACCACUCGGGAGGCCAAACAGCGAGAUCUGGGUGACAAGCGCUGUGCUGCGCUGGACCACCUUUGCAAGCUACUCCCACUUCUCCGGCAUCCUCCACGGUGGAUUGCCUUGGAGAACGUGAAAGGCUUUCACGGUAGCGACGCCUGCGCAAAGUGGCGAGCGGCACUGCAGCAGGCUGGCUUCCGUGAUCGCGAGAUCAUCCUGGAUUUGAGCAGUUUUGGCACACCCAACCACCGCACCCGGUAUUAUCUCCUGGCUGAGAGGGAGACUACGAACUUGCGCCUUUCAGAGCCAGCCAGUGCACCACGACUCGCAGCGGCGAUGCCACCGGGCGCAGUGGCUCGAGGCCCUUGGGCAUGCGCGCGGCGCAUUGCACUGGAGGCGGCCCAUGCACAGGCGAGACAGUCCCCGCGGCGCGAGGACAAAGAGGCCAUCUUUGCCGAUGCCCGCCGAGCCUUCGUCCGCGCGCUCCGUGAUCUCCUUCCGUCGGGCGAGUGCGGGAUGACCGGUAUCGGCGAUGGCGUCUCCAGCUUUUGCCUGGUAGGAACGGAGGCUUGGAAGCUCUUGCCUCUGCCGAAGGACGAUCCAGAGGCGCUUCUGGUCGUCUUUGACACCGAUGGCUCGGUAGGGACUCUGGCCACGCAGUUCCUGGAGGAGCUUCCAGAAACGUGCACAAGCCUGGUGUCAUGGUCCAGCUGGCCACCAACUGGCGAGCUGGCGCCAAGGAGUGUCCGGUGUGUGGGAGAAUUUCUUGAGACUCCCGCGCCGGAGGAGCUCUCCGAGAUCAUUCUCUCUGCAGCGACGCUAUCGAGACCCUUUGCGCCCGGCCUGAGCUACGUGCAUGCCAAGGACCUGCGGACUUUCUGCUUCACCGGCCACUACGGCAAAGUCCUGCACAAGUCCAGUGGCUCCUUGCUUUUGACUUCCGAGGAGCCGUUGGAUCGCUCCCGGCCCGAGGCAUCUGCAGGCUCCGUGCGGUUCUUUAGCCCCAAGGAGAUCCUCAACUUCCUGGGCUUUCCUCGCUCCUACUCGCUGCCACCAGAUAUGGCGCUGCGGCACAGGUACAAGGUGGUGGGCAACUCCAUCGCGGUCACCGUGGCAUCGGAGCUGCUUCGCCUUCUUCUUCUCGGCCAGGGCGCCGCGGACCUCGCCCAGAUGGAGCAGCCUCCUCCGACCAGGACUGGCCGCGGCAACUGA